AUGAAGAGACCAGUUACAGGAAAAGAUCUUAUGAUAGUCAAUAUGGGACCUCACCACCCAUCCAUGCACGGUGUUCUUCGCUUAAUUGUUACUCUAGACGGUGAGGAUGUUGUUGAUUGUGAACCCAUAUUGGGUUAUUUACACAGAGGAAUGGAAAAAAUUGCAGAAAACCGAGCAAUUAUACAAUAUUUACCUUAUGUAACGCGGUGGGAUUAUUUAGCUACUAUGUUUACAGAAGCAAUAACAGUAAACGGACCCGAACAAUUAGGAAAUAUUCAAGUUCCUAAAAGAGCCAGCUAUAUCAGAGUAAUUAUGCUAGAAUUGAGUCGUAUAGCUUCUCAUCUGUUAUGGCUUGGCCCUUUUAUGGCAGAUAUUGGGGCACAGACUCCCUUUUUCUAUAUUUUCAGAGAACGAGAAUUUGUAUAUGAUCUAUUCGAAGCUGCCACCGGUAUGAGAAUGAUGCAUAAUUUUUUUCGUAUUGGAGGAAUAGCGGCGGAUUUACCUUAUGGUUGGAUAGAUAAAUGCUUGGAUUUUUGUGAUUAUUUUUUAACAGAGGUUGUUGAAUAUCAAAAACUUAUUACACGAAAUCCUAUUUUUUUAGAACGAGUUGAAGGCGUUGGGAUUAUUGGUGGGGAAGAAGCAAUAAAUUGGGGUUUAUCCGGACCAAUGUUACGCGCAUCCGGAAUACCAUGGGAUCUUCGUAAAGUUGAUCGUUAUGAGUCUUACGAUGAAUUUGAAUGGGAAAUUCAGUGGCAAAAACAAGGAGAUUCAUUAGCUCGUUAUUUAGUACGACUUAGCGAAAUGACAGAAUCCAUCAAAAUUAUUCAACAGGCUCUGGAAGGACUUCCGGGGGGUCCCUAUGAAAAUUUAGAAAGCAGAGGCUUUGAUAAAAAAAGGAAUCCAGAGUGGAAUGAUUUUGAAUAUCGAUUCAUUAGUAAAAAACCUUCCCCUACUUUUGAAUUAUCGAAACAAGAACUUUACGUAAGAGUUGAAGCUCCAAAAGGGGAAUUGGGAAUUUUUCUCAUAGGAGAUCAAAGUGGUUUUCCUUGGAGAUGGAAAAUCCGACCGCCGGGUUUUAUUAAUUUGCAAAUUCUUCCUGAACUAGUUAAAAGAAUGAAAUUGGCUGAUAUUAUGACGAUACUCGGUAGCAUAGAUAUAAUUAUGGGAGAAGUUGAUCGUUAAAAUGAUAAUUUAUG